AUGGUAGUUUCAUAUUCUUUGUCCUCCUCUCUCUCUCUCUCUCCUUUUGUUUGUCCUCCUCUCUCUCGCUCUCCUUUUUUGUCCACUUCUCUCUUUCUUUUCUUUGUCGCCUUCUCUCUCUCUCUCCUUUUUUCUUUGUCUCCUUCUCUCUCUCCUUCUUUUCUUUGUCUCCUUCUCUCUCUACUUCUUUUCUUUGUCUCCUUCUCUCUCUACUUCUUUUCUUUGCCGCCAUCUCUCUCUACUUCUUUUCUUUGCCGCCUUCUCUCUCUCUCCUUCUUUUCUUGGUCGCCUUCUCACUCUCUCCUUCUUUUCUUGGUCGCCUUCUCACUCUCUCCUUCUUUUCUUGGUCGCCUUCUCACUCUCUCCUUCUUUUCUUGUCACCUCUCUCCCUCUCCUUUUACACCUCCCCUCUCACAUCCUCUCCUUCACCUCUCCACCCUCUCUUUCAUCUCUUUCUCUUCUUUUACCUCUUUCUUUCUCUUCUUUUACCUCUCUCUUCUCUCUCUUCUUUUACCUCUCUCUUCUCUCACCUCUCUCUUCUCUCUCUUCUUUUACCCCUCUCUUCUCUCUCUUCUUUUACCUCUCUCCUCUCUCUUUCUCUUCUCUCCUCUCUCUUUCUCUUCUCUCCUCUCUCUUUCUCUUCUUUUAAUUCUCUCUUUCUCUUCUUUUAAUUCUCUCCUCUCUUCUUUUACUUCUCUCCUCUCUCUUUCUCUUCCUUUACCUCUCUCCCCUCUCUUUCUCUUCUCUUACCUCUCUUUCUCUUUUACCUCUCUCCUCUCUCUCUCUCUCUCUUUUACCUCUCUCCUCUCUCUCUCUCUUUUACUUCUCUCCUCUCUCUUUCUCUUCUUUUACCUCUCUUUCUCUUUUACUUCUCUUCUCUCUCUUCUUUUACCUCUCUUUCUCUUUUACUUCUCUCCUCUUUCUUUCUCUUCUUUUACUUCUCUCCUCUCUCUUUCUCUUCCUUUACCUCUCUCCCCUCUCUUUCUCUUCCUUUACCUCUCUCCCCUCUCUUUCUCUUCUCUUACAUCUCUUUCUCUUUUUACCUCUCUCUCUCUUUCUCUUCUUUUACUCUCUCUUUCUCUCUUUCUCUUCUUUCUACCUCUCUUUCUCUUUUACUUCUCUCCUCUCUCUUUCUCUUCUUUCUCUCCUCUCUUUUCUCUUUUACUUCUCUCCUCUCUCUUUCUCUUCUUUUACUUCUUCUCCCUCUCUUUCUCUUCUUUUCUCCUCUCUUUCUCUUUACUUUCUCUCCUCUCUUUCUCUUCUUUUACCUCUCUUUCUCUUUUACCUCUCUCCUCUCUCUCUUUCUCUUCUUUUACUUCUCUCCUCUCUCUUUCUCUUCUUUUACUUCUCUCCUCUCUCUUUCUCUUCUUUUACCUCUCUUUCUCUUUUACUUCUCUCCUCUCUCUUUCUCUUCUUUUACUUCUCUCCUCUCUCUUUCUCUUCUUUUACUUCUCUCCUCUCUCUUUCUCUUCUUUUACCCCCCUUUCUCUUCUACUCACUCAUUUUUUAUUCAACCAUUUUUCUUUCUGCUUCCAUUUAACUUUCGAUAACAAUCCAUCUCCUCUUUUCCACCUUCCUCCUCCUUUCUAUAUUUACCUUUCACCAUCAUCCUCACUCCCUUCCUCCCUCAUUCUCCCUCUUCUUAUUUCUCUUCACCUCAACUUUCUCCUGACGCCAUCUUGUCUGUACGCAAUGUCCGAGGCUGAAGGACCAUUAUCAAAGAAUGCUUUUCAGUCACUUGUGUCUAUUCUCACUCUCUAUCUCUUUGCCUCUCUCUUUCCUUCCUCUCACUUUGUAUCUUUUGCUUUGUUUCUCUUAACCUCUCUAUCAUUUUGCUUCUCUUACAUCUCUCGCUCGUAUUUUGCCUCUCCUCUUCUAUUCAUCACUCAAAUCCUCUUCCUUUCUCUCUCUCUCUCUUCCUUCUCAUCUUUUCUAUGUCUGGCGAUACUCUCACUUAUCCUCUCUCUCUCUCUCUCUUUGAGCCUCUAUCACAUUGCUAUCCUCUUCUUUUCUCCUCACCUUUUCGAUCUGUUUCUUUCCUCUCUCCUUCAUUUCGAUCUCUUCUCAUCUCUCUUCUUCUCUUCACUCUCAUUUGUUCUUCAUUCCCUCUCGCUUUUCCUUCUUACCCUCUCAUUCCCCCUUUCCUUCUCACAUUCCAUUUUUCUUUUCUUCUUUCUCCUUUUCUCUUUCUUUUUCCUUUUUCUUUCUUGUAUUUCUUCUUACCAUUUCUUUUAUUAUCCAUCUUCUCUCGUCUUUUCUCUCUCUCUCUCUAUUUUUCUUGUCUCUCUUCUUCCUGCCACUUUAUUUCUUUUCUCCUCUUCUCUUUUUCUCUCCCUCCCUCUCUCUCUUGUCCCAAGUCUUUCUUCUUCCCUUCUCUCUUAUUCACUUCUACCUCCUCCUCUCUACAUCCCAAUGCUUUAUUUCUUAUUUAUUAUUUGUCAGAGUGGCUGUUACUUGAGAACUGGUUAUUUGAGAAAGAAGGAAAAAGUCAUAUAA